CGCGUAUGUCCCUCCUCGCUGCCUGUAGUAUUGAUGUGGCCGAGUUGAGGAGCUUCCACGUCAUUCGGAUCCUGAACCUCAUCGGACUCAGGAGAACGGAGGAGAACGGAGGAAAACAAGCUCGCCGUAAAGAAAAUCACAUCCAUAAUCACUGCCUGGUGUCUCUGGUAGGGACGAGGAUCUGUCUGGCACCAUGACAGCUGCGGAGAAUGUGUGUUAUACCCUGAUCAAUGUACCUAAUGACUCGGAACCCCCGUCGGAAGUCAGCCUUAAAGCUGAUCUAGAAAAGGGGGAGAUAAAAGCCAAGACUGAAGCUUUGAAGAAGGUGAUCAUCAUGAUCCUGAAUGGUGAAAAGCUGCCAGGCCUUUUGAUGACCAUUAUCCGGUUUGUGCUCCCGCUUCAAGACCACACUAUCAAAAAGUUGCUGCUGGUCUUUUGGGAGAUUGUGCCCAAAACAACUCCUGAUGGCAAACUGCUGCAGGAGAUGAUCCUGGUCUGUGACGCCUACAGAAAGGACUUGCAGCAUCCCAAUGAGUUCAUCCGGGGAUCCACACUGCGCUUCCUGUGCAAGUUGAAGGAGUCAGAGCUUCUGGAGCCACUGAUGCCGGCCAUCCGCGCCUGCCUGGAGCACCGCCACAGCUACGUGCGCCGCAACGCAGUUCUCGCCAUCUACACCAUCUACAGGAACUUUGAGAAUUUGAUCCCAGAUGCUCCGGAGUUGAUCCAUGAUUUUCUUGUAAAUGAAAAAGAUGCAAGCUGCAAGAGAAAUGCUUUUAUGAUGCUGAUCCAUGCUGACCAGGACAGAGCUCUUGAUUAUCUAAGCACUUGUAUCGAUCAAGUGCACACUUUUGGAGACAUUCUACAGCUUGUUAUUGUUGAACUCAUCUAUAAGGUGUGUCAUGCAAACCCCUCAGAGAGAGCACGCUUCAUCCGGUGCAUCUACAACUUGCUCCAGUCCUCCAGCCCAGCUGUAAAAUAUGAGGCGGCAGGCACGCUGGUCACCCUUUCCAGCGCACCCACUGCCAUUAAGGCUGCUGCUCAGUGUUACAUCGAUCUGAUCAUUAAAGAGAGCGAUAACAAUGUCAAGCUCAUUGUCCUGGACAGGCUAAUCGAGCUGAAGGAACACCCCACCCAUGAACGCGUUCUGCAGGAUCUGGUAAUGGACAUCCUGAGAGUUCUGACCACCCCUGAUCUGGAAGUCCGCAAGAAGACUCUGCAGCUGGCCCUGGACCUGGUGUCGUCUCGGAAUGUAGAGGAGUUGGUUAUAGUGCUCAAGAAGGAGGUGAUCAAGACCAAUAACGUGACAGAGCACGAGGACACAGACAAAUACAGACAGCUGCUGGUGCGCACUCUCCACUCCUGCAGUGUGCGCUUCCCUGAUAUGGCUGCCAACGUCAUCCCAGUGCUGAUGGAGUUCCUGAGUGACACGAAUGAAGCCGCUGCAGCUGAUGUGUUGGAGUUUGUGCGGGAGGCCAUCCAGAGGUUUGACAACCUCAGGCCUCUCAUUAUUGAGAAAAUGCUGGAGGUUUUCCAUGCCAUCAAAACUGUCAAAAUCUACAGAGGAGCUUUGUGGAUCCUGGGAGAGUACUGCAGCACCAAAGAGGACAUCCAGAGCGUCAUGACAGAAGUGCGCAGGUCACUCGGAGAGAUCCCCAUAGUGGAGAACGAAAUCAAGAAGGAGGCUGGAGAGGUGAAGCCAGAAGAAGAGGUGAGUGCAGCACCAGCCCAGAAGUUGGUCACCGAGAUGGGUACCUACGUCACUCAGAGCGCCCUCAGCUCCUCCCGACCCUCCAAGAAAGAAGAGGACAGGCCUCCGUUGAGGGGCUUUCUCAUGGAUGGAGACUUCUAUGUUGCAGCAUCUCUUGCUACCACGCUCACUAAAGUAGCCCUGCGCUACGUAGCCAUCGUUCAAGACAAAAAGAAGCAAAACUCGUUUGUGGCAGAGGCCAUGUUGAUCAUGGCUACAGUGCUCCAUUUGGGCAAGUCCUCUCUGCCAAAGAAGCCUAUCACAGACGACGACGUGGAUCGCAUCUCGCUGUGCCUCAAGGUGCUGUCCGAGUGCUCACCCCUCAUGAAUGACAUCUUCAACAAGGAGUGCCGCAAGUCUCUGUCCCACAUGCUCACUGUGCGCCUAGAGGAGGAGAAGCUCUCUCAGAAGAAAGAAUCGGAGAAGCGAAACGUGACAGUGCAAGCAGACGACCCCAUCUCGUUCAUGCAGCUGACUGCUAAGAAUGAGAUGACCUCUAAAGAAGACCAGUUUCAGCUUAGCCUGCUGGCUGCCAUGGGCAACACACAAAGAAAGGAGGCGGCUGACCCCCUCGCCUCUAAACUCAACAAGGUGACACAGCUGACAGGUUUCUCAGAUCCGGUCUAUGCUGAGGCCUACGUCCAUGUCAACCAGUACGACAUAGUCCUGGACGUGCUGGUGGUCAAUCAAACCAGUGACACCCUACAGAACUGCACUUUGGAACUGGCCACAUUGGGUGACCUUAAGCUGGUGGAGAAGCCGUCUCCUCUUACUCUGGCCCCACAUGACUUUGCCAACAUCAAAGCCAACGUCAAAGUGGCCUCCACAGAAAAUGGCAUUAUAUUUGGAAAUAUUGUGUAUGACGUGUCUGGAGCGGCCAGCGACAGAAACUGUGUUGUCCUUAGCGACAUACACAUCGACAUCAUGGACUACAUCCAGCCAGCCUCCUGCACAGAUGCCGAGUUCAGACAGAUGUGGGCUGAAUUUGAGUGGGAAAACAAGGUUACAGUUAAUACCAACAUCACAGAUCUGAACGAGUAUCUUCAGCACAUCCUCAGCUCUACCAAUAUGAAGUGCUUGACUCCAGAGAAGGCUCUCUCUGGCAUCUGUGGCUUCAUGGCUGCCAAUCUCUAUGCCCGCUCCAUUUUUGGGGAGGAUGCCCUGGCAAAUGUCAGCAUUGAGAAACCCAUCCACCUGGGUCCGGACGCCCCAGUCAACGGCCACAUUCGCAUCCGGGCCAAGAGCCAGGGUAUGGCCCUGAGCCUGGGUGACAAGAUUAAUCUCUCCCAGAAGAAAACUGCCUCAUAAAGCUUUGAGGCAAACUGAGGCCACUGUAGCUGAAGGGGAGGAUUCACCUGGAAGCACCGUGGUUAUCUUUAUUUCCUCUAUCCUCUAUCGCUCGUCUCCUUUCUCUCCUGACUCCUGUGUGCACACAGUGCUUUGUUGCCAGGCUAAAUAAUCCUGUGAAGUAUGCGUAAGGGGAUUGUUCAACGUUUCUACAACAGGAUGUUCUCAAAGCGUUGUGUCCUCAUUAAUCUGUAAUCAAUAAACUUUGCUCCACAUAGACCAUCAAA